AAUCACAAUCCACAUUAAGGAAUGCACUCCAGAGGGUGAAGAAAUGAUCAAGUGUGGGAAGCUGAAUCUUGUUGACCUUGCUGGUUCAGAGAACAUUUCUCGCUCUGGUGCAAGAGAUGGCAGAGCAAGGGAAGCUGGAGAGAUAAAUAAAAGCUUACUUACUCUUGGUCGUAUCAUAAAUGCUCUAGUUGAGCACUCUGGUCAUAUUCCAUAUAGGGAUAGUAAACUAACAAGAUUACUGAGGGACUCCUUAGGAGGGAAAACAAAGACAUGCAUAAUAGCUACCAUAUCACCCUCCAUCCAUUGUUUGGAAGAAACACUCAGCACCUUGGACUAUGCACACCGUGCCAAGAAUAUAAAGAAUAAACUAGAGGUUAAUCAAAAGAUGAUGAAAUCAGCUUUGAUCAAGGAUUUAUAUACUGAAAUUGAUCGUCUCAAGCAAGAGGUAUAUGCUGCAAGAGAGAAGAAUGGAAUCUAUAUACCACGGGAUCGGUAUAUAUAUUAAGCACCUAAAAAAAGACCUACGAAUCUUAAUGUCAAAACUUAUCUCAACGGAGCCUCAUUGAAAUAUUAAGCACCUUCUACUGACAACCAUCAUCUACUACAAUAAAGAGAAGGAAUUUACAACGUUUUUCAUAUUCCUUAAUUUCUUAGCCACCAAACAAACCAAAGUCACAGAUAAACCACAAACCAUAACAACUCGCACAAACUCUAAAAUCUAAUCAUUCCAUCUAUCUUAUUAUUAAAGUUUAAAGGAAAAGAAUUUCACUUCAGUUAACAUUACUGAUUUCAAUUAGGCUCUGUCUCAACCUAUGCAAUCGAAUCCAAUACAAACAAUUGAAUCACGCCAAGCUAUGAUUUGACUUUUUCUCGGGAAUCCCACAAGUUGAGAGUAGUAGAGAAGAUGAGCUAAUCCAAAAUGGAAACAAAAAGAGACGACUUACAGAG